UUGCCAAAAUCAAUAUCUCUCCCAAUAUUUACACUCUCUGGAAGAAGGCCACUUAGGCAAUUAGAGUAUUCUUCCAAACCUGUACCAUCAACCUCAUCAGGUUGUGCUGCUAGUUUUACCACUACAUUUUUUGAAACUGAUUUUACAGAGAAAGAAAAUAUUGAGCCUAUGACCAAUAUCCAGUUACAUUCUCAUAAGGAAAAUGAAGUGGUUCUUGCAAGAAAAGAGAUUAAGCAAUUAAGUAAAGAGUGCCGUACACCCUCACUUGCUGUCACUCAGAAAAUUAAGAAAACCAUUGCAACUACUCAUGCUGAAAAUAAAUUGCGUACUGUGGCAUUUAAUAUGGGAUAUCUUGCAGAAAAAGGCAUUCUUCCCAAAGAAUGUGAGGAAACUGCUGAAGUACUCCUCUUCUUUGACAAAAAAAAAUGUUGA